UUUGAUAGGUGACAUGUUGCCGACACACAAAAAAAGUGUUGCCUUCUAAUAACAUAUGGGCCCAGCUGAGCCCAUCACAGGCUCACCUUACCAGGCAGGGGUGUGGCAAAAACCGGCGCUCUAUAAAUAAAAGCAUGUCAAGAAUUUCAUUCAUAACACAGACGAGCCUCGUCCGCCCGCUCGCACGCGGCUCUGCGCUCUUCACCCGGACCCACCUGGCAGAAUCACCAUGCUCCGAUCAGCGCGCCGACCCGCGGGCCUUGUGCUGCUGCUGCUGCUCUCCCUCUCCAGGGUGGGGCAGAGCCGGCCUCGGGCGCCCGGAGGAGACGGGCCGGGCCGGAGGGCCCAGCUCCUGGAGGCGCUGAGGGCGGGGAUCCUCAGCUCGCUGGGCGUGGACAGGGAGCCCAGACCGAACCGGGCCGCUCCGGACCAGGACCUGGAGCGAAUGUACCAGCUGUACAGAGACGCGCUGAGGGAGGCCAGAGGCAACGCCAGCCGCCGCGCGGGAGAAACCUGGCAGUUUGCCGUCCUCCAUCCGGCCACAGUGGAGCUGCUUCAUCCACACUCAGCCGGACGGAGGCAGUGGUACCGAGCUGUUUUCCAUAAGAACGCUGACCUCCUGAGCGAGCUGACGCUGGCUCGAGCGGAGCUGCAGGUCUCCAGGCAGAUCCUGGACAGACCCACGUCGGGUCGGCCGCGAGCGAGACAGGAGGUGAAGGUCCAAAUCAACGGGAGGAGUCCGGUCCAGUCCAACAUUCUGACCCGGGCCAACGCCUCGAGCGCCUCGGACGCGAUGGACGUCACCCCUGAGGUGGAGACCUGGGCGGCAGCUAACGGCCAGACGCUGGUCGUGGACGUGGGGGUGCUGACGGACGCCGGCGCCCCCCCGCCCCGCCCCGCCAUCUCCCUGGAGGCGGGCCCCGGGCGGAGCGGGCCGCCGCGGAGGCCGCGGCGCUCCAGCGAGGAGGACGAGUGCGACGAGCGCGGGUGGUGCUGCCGCAAGUCGCUGAGCGUGUCCUUCGAGGAGAUCGGCUGGACGGACUGGGUGGUGGCCCCGGCCGAGUACACCAUGCACUACUGCGACGGCAGCUGCCCGCACAACUACAAGCCGGCCAGCAUGCACGCGCAGGUGAAGGCCCGCCUGCAGCAGGCCGCGCGGGGGGGGGCGCCGGGGCCCUGCUGCGUGCCCGCCGCCUACGAGCCCCUGGUGCUCAUGCACUACGACAGCAGGGGGCGGCUGAAGCUGACGCCGUUCGACGACAUGAUCGUCACCAAAUGUAACUGCGCCUGAGGCCGCUGGUGUGUGUGUGUGUUUAAACGUAACUGGAGCACUUUGACUGGCUGUAAAAUAAUAUGUUACGUUGGCAAAAAAAGAGACGACCCUGUGAAUUCUGUGCAACUACUUUGUUUCAUGUCGUGUCAUCUGUUUAUUUGUGUCUUUAUCGUAUCUAUUUAUUUUAAAGUUCUAUUUAUGGUGUUGUUGUACAGUAUUUGUAGUUAUUAUGAGCACUAGUUACUGUUGUUAUUGUACUGUAAUACUUAUUGUUAUUCAUUAUUGCUGAGUAUUUUACUUGUGUUCUGUCUUUUACAUUUCGGUUGUGAACUCAGGGAACCUGUGUCUGUUUCAAAAUAAACCUGUGAGCGUGUUA